UACAUCGCUGUGCACAUCAUACCUGAUCAGAUGAUGUCCUUCGGGGGUUCCACGGAUCCCUGCGCACUCUGCAGCCUUUACAGCAUCGGCAAGAUAGGAGGGCAGCAGAACAAGACUUACACCAAGCUCCUGUGUGAUAUGAUCUCUAAGCACUUGCAUGUAUCUGCAGACAGGGUGUACAUCAACUACUUUGACAUGAACGCUGCCAAUGUGGGCUGGAAUGGCUCCACCUUUGCGUAGAGCUCUCCCACCUUCUGGAAGAGGCUGUUCCUGGACCUACCCCCAUCCUGCCCCUUAGCAGAGACCACUGCACAAAUGGCCCUGUGUUGCAUUUUGUGCACUCUCACAGAUUGAUGGCUCCUUGCUAGUGUGUUUAAAUAUUGCUGCUUCAACAUUCCUCUGUUUUCUCUGUAUAGAAAACAAAUAAAGAUUUAGAA